CUCUGAGGCUAGAAAGACUGAGACGAAGGCUGAGACGGCUGUUCCUCCUGCCUCUCUUGUGCCAGUUCAACCUACACCACUGUCUUCGAAAGAUAAGAAUACACAGAGACUGGUAGUGGUCUUGUCGCAGGCAUGUCUGGAAACACACAAGAUCAGCACUGGCGGCGGGCCUGGAAGCGAUAAGUACGCCCUGCUCAACUGUGACGAUCACCAGGGACUGCUUCGCAAAAUGGGGAGAGACAUUUCUGGUGCUAGACCGGAUAUUACUCACCAGUGUCUGCUGACCCUUCUUGAUUCACCAAUCAACAAGGCUGGUAAGUUGCAAGUGUACAUACAGACUGCCAAGGGUGUUCUCAUAGAAGUGAACCCUUCGGUGCGGAUUCCAAGAACUUUCAAGCGGUUUUCAGGGCUUAUGGUGCAACUUUUGCACAAGCUGUCCAUCAGAUCGGUCAAUUCUGAGGAAAAGUUACUCAAGGUGAUCAAGAACCCAAUCACAGACCAUCUGCCAACAAAGUGCCGCAAGAUCACGCUUUCGUAUGAUGCGCCGGUCGUGAGGGUGCAGGACUACAUUAAGAAAUUGGAGCCAGAUGAAAGCAUCUGCGUUUUCGUGGGAGCCAUGGCUCGUGGAAAGGAUAACUUUGCGGACGAGUUCGUGGACGACAAGAUCGGACUGUCGGAGUAUCCGCUGUCUGCAUCUGUCGCAUGCAGCAAGUUCUGUCACGGUGCAGAAGAUGCCUGGGGCAUUUUAUGAUGAUGUAAUCUUGGAGCGAUGUAUUUUCCUGCGCGCGGGCCAGGGUAGCAGCUACGCGCCGGCCCCAAGUAUAAAAAGAGAGCACUAUUAAUUUGCUAUCUUCUUGGUCUUCUUGAAGUUAUUGCUCUGUUUUUCCUUGCAAAAUGCCAGUUUUCGAAUCGCCUGCCGUGUAUGUCCAGAGCUCCCUCACGACGCUGGCUACCUACUUUAUCUCUCAUGCUUAUUUGAGAGAGUUGCUGGACGUCCAUAUCACAGAUGCCAACUUUCUGCCUCUUUCUGCGCCUAACAGGGCCUUCUACAUUAGAAGAGACAACGACAGAAGACAAGUCCUUGUCAAUGUUUUCAACGAGAAGGGUGAGAAGGUGUACAUUUUCCAGAGAGAAAGUGCUCUAAAUCCUACCUGGUCUCUGCGCACCCUUCCCUCGUACAGAGAGAUUGCUACGAUCCGCUGUGGAUUUUUCCUCAAGUCGCUUGACUUCCACAACAAGCCAGGAUUGCAACACAGAGUGAUCAACAGCGAGUCUGGCUUGAGCGGUAGACUUAGAACUUUCUAUCUGAACGACGGCCACAAGUACGGAUGGACCAGGAAUUCCAAAUUCCUGGAGAAGUUCACCAACCCUGGAGGCAACGACGAGGAGGUCAGAGAGAGAGUUGCCAAGGUGAGACUCAUGAGACAGAGAAAGUUCGACUACGAGUUGACACUAGAUGACACAAAGGUGGACCCAGAGGUCGCCAUGGCUACCGCGUUUGUGGCCAUGAUGACCUUCUGGGGAUUGGGUGACAUCACCGAGACCGUGGGUCCUACGCUUCUGGUGAAAAAGGAGGAGGAGAGCGCACCAGCUGCUCCAGCUGUCGUGGACCCUCCAAAAGUUGACGCCGUCAGAUCAGGACCAAACAUCACCUUGGUCAUGGACGCCGACAACGACGCGGACUUAAUUAUCGAAAAAGCAUAGAUACUUCUACAAUACAGGGUCGGGGACAGGCUUCUUAUCUACUAUCUGCAAGUAACCCACUUGUAAAUUGCAUGACUUGUGUCAUAAUCUUGCUAUCUCGGGAUUUUUGUCUGCACAAGCGCGCGGUGCACCGCUCAAAUUGGUGGAUUUUGGUCCGGGGUAUAUAAAUAUCGAUCCGCCAAGUGCACUUUCUCGACUGCGUUCAAUCCAUGUGCUCGACUGCCAUUUGCCCUCUUUGCCAGAGAAAAUCGUGGACCGGAUGUGGCUCUCACGUCUCCGAGGUUAUGAGUAACACCAACAGAGAGCUCUGGUGCACCUGCAGACACGCUGUCGAGGAGGGCGACCCACGGUUCCCUCCAAGAGCAGGCACUGGCUCUGCGCGCAAGAGCGUUUCCUCUGAAAGUUCAGGCCCAAAGGACUACUGAUCUCCUGCUAUCUCGUCUCGUGAUAUGUCGUGGUUUGUAAGCUUAGUAAGAAAAUAUACGUUUCUGACUAAUUGUGAAGUUGCGGCUCGAUGAUUUAUAAAUACUGCUUAAUAUUUGCUAAACACGCCCAUCAACAUGCUCCCCGUGUACUUCAUCUCUCAUGGAGGGCCAACGUUUGCAGAUAAGGGCAACGCCGGCUCAGAGGUCGGUGCCUGGGACACUGUCCGCAAGCUCGGGCCAAAAAUCUUGAGCUCCAGACCGUAUUACGUCAUAUGCAUAUCGGCCCAUUGGGAGACUGCCAAUGAAGUUCUGGUGUCCAGCAACGAGGGCGAGAACCCAUUGGUUUACGACUUCUACAAUUUUCCAUGCAAAUACUAUGAAACCAAAUUCCACACAUUAGGCUCGCCCGCCUUCGCCAAAGAAAUCGUCAAGACCCUCCAAGACAAGGGGAUCCCUGCCGCAGUCGAGUCACGCGGCCUGGAUCACGGUGUUUGGACUCCCCUCAGAGUUGCGUUCGGAAAUCCGGACGUCCAAGACACCAAUCGGCUCGAUUUGGAGAUUCCGUUGAUCCAGGUAUCUUUGCCUCCUUCUCCGAAAAUUCUUGACAGCUACCGGCUCGGCGAAGCCCUUUAUGAUCUGCGUGCCAAAAACGUGGCUAUUAUUUGCUCGGGAAUGUCUGUGCAUAACCUUCAGGAUCUGCACAGAGCCAUGAUCAACUCUAGCGAGCCGCUGCCCUACGUGGAACCCUUCAACUCCUGGCUCACAAACACCCUUACACGGGGAAAUGGCCUCUCAGGUCUGCAGAAACUGGAGACAGAUCCCCAGCUGAACCGGUUGUACCGAGCUGCACACCCCACCCCUGAGCAUUUCCUGCCCCUUGCUGUGGCUCUUGGUGCUGCGCGAGCCGGCAAGUGCGAAGUGCUUCAUACGGCGGCCACCUAUUCACUGGGCUGGAAUAUUUAUAAGUUUAUAUAAGCAAGGGUCUGUUUUUUUCCCGAGGCUGUGCAGUUUUCAACUCGUUUUAAGAGUGUAGCAAGACCAGCGAGUAUAUAUAGUUUGCGCCAGGAAGGGUCCAAAAGGACUCAUGGAUACAUAUCUGAGAACUGUCAACAAUUCGAACUACCGGAGGCCUUUUCUCAAUUUUCAGGAGAGGCUGUCGCAGGUCUGGCUAAACAAGUACACGAUCGUGAUGAUCCUGAUGCUAUUCAAGCUUCUUCUUUUUCGGAUUUCACUCAAUACGUCUCUAGAACAGGCAAGAAAGCAGACUUAUAGCACUUGUUCAAAUGCAGAGACCUACGCCUCUUCACUGGCCAGCGUUCCGCAUUAUAUAUCCAAGAGCGCAAACGUGAUGAUAGCCAAGGGCUUGAGCGAAGCUAACAAGGGCUUUAUGGAGAUUCUUGACAUGGUUUUAACCAGCUCAAAAGGGCUGAUAAUGUUUGCCAUUGAGAUGACCAUUGGAACAUAUGUUUGUGUGCUUACAGCAACAGUGGAUGCCACCGCAGAGGUUGCUUUGAACGCUACCGAGAGCGUUAUUUCGCUGGCAAACGACACGGUGAAGUCGUUUGCCGAAGAACUGCAAGAUGGACUGGACGGUGUUUCAAAGGUGAUCAAUGCUCUAGUCGAGUCGUACGAGGAUGUGAAGGAUAUUUUUGACGACGACGGUGACUCGGAUGUGAGCAGCAGCAUGAAUAAGGUCAAUCUAACUAUCUCGUCGCUCAAGAACUGGCAGAUUACGGGGUCCAUCAACACCAAGCUGGAAAGUCUGUCCAAAAGCCUUCCAGAUUUUGACGACGUGAUGAAUUACACUGAAGGCCUUGUUAGUGAGCCGUUUGAAUACAUAAAGGAAAAGGUGUCGAUGCGUCUUGACCACGAGUUUUACGCCGACGAGCUGCUGGUCCCGGACAAAAAGACCAUGGCCUUUUGUGCCGGCUCCGGAAUAGAUGAAUUUUAUGAAGACCUUGCCGAGUUGCUGCGAAAAGCGUCCAACAUCAUAUUUAUUGUUCUUGUUUUUGCAGCCCUGGGAUUCAUUGCGUUCGAGAUAUUUAUGGAAAAAAAGCAGUGGGACCGCCUUCGAGAUAUCGUAAGCAAUUUCCACCAAAUUGAGGCAACCGCGGCAACCAAGCACAAGGAUGAGCUUGCAGCAGAGCUUGUCGACAUGUCACGCAAUCGAUACAGUUUCCUAAUAGGGCAAAAACUGGGGAAAUUGUUUUUCGGGCCGAGUGUCACACGACUCAACACCGUGCGGUGGGUGGUCAACUACAUUUCUAGUGACCGAAUGUUGCCUGUGUUGCUGCUUGCGCUGGCCGGAAUAGCAACUUUCAUAUUGCAGCUAGUUUUGCUGGAUCUGCUUUCACGAAAAGAUGCCACUGCUCUUGACUCUAGUUUCAAGUCGAUUGGGUUGCAGAUACGCUCCAGUGUGAACAACUCUCUUGUCGAGUGGGCAAACGACACGAAUCUAUACAUUUCCGAUCAGGAGGCAUCCAUUAAUGAUGACGUCUUGGGCUGGAUACACAACAGCACGGGCUCACUCAAUGCGACUCUGGGAGAUUUUGUCGACGAGAUGAACGGCAAGAUCUCUGACGUUUUUGGCAACACUCCGUUGUAUCCAUAUGUGAGCGGCAUUGUUGGGUGCACAGUGACGCACAAAAUCCAGAAAGUCGAAAAGGCACUUUCAUGGAUCCACAACCACUCGCAAGUGACGUUACCCCGAAUCGACCCUGCGGAUUUCGAUUUGACCGACUCUAAGGACUCUGGUUCUGUUGAUCAGUAUCUGAACGACACCAAAUCAACGUUGGCAACAACCAGGGACAAAUUGGUGGAAAAGUAUAAAUCCUCGUUGAGAAUCGAACUGUAUAUAUCUAUGGUGCUGUUGGGAGUAUGGCUCUUAUUUUUUGUGGCUGCCUUAUUCAUGGCCUGGCUGCUGCCUUCCAAAAAAGACACACAGGAAAGUGUCAGCACGUUCGAAACCGAACAAACUUGGCAAAACACAGAGCAAUCAGAAUCAUCGCUCGCCGUCCCUGAAAAAUUGAAAUUCAGAGACGUUGAUCCUGAGUCACACAAGUUUUUCGCAGGCCCUGGCAAUAUAAAUCAAACACUACAACAGCUGCUGAUGAGGUUGCGCGACAACGGAAAACGGGAGUCGGCCAGCAGUCUAGACUCGUUUGAGACCGUUGUCACUUUCCAGCCAAAUUAUGGGCUUCGGCAUGUGGGAGACUCUUCUACAUCCUUCGCAGACCCAACGAUGGAUACUGCGCGGCGCUGGACUCCCUGAUUCUGUACAUUAAUGCAUUUUAUUAUAAACCGC